AUGAAUGGAAGAUCUGAUGCGUCAACUUCGACGGAUGACGUGCUGAAGGGUCAACCGCUGUGUCUCUUUUACUUCACGCAUCCAUUCGGCGUGGUGUCACCGGAGCCACCGCUGGUAACAGUGCCGCCGCCGCACUUGGCGCGUUGCUUUGCCAACACGCCUUUUAGCACCUCAACGCCGGACUACUGCUCCGACUCAACGCCACUUGACGAGCUGCUGCGCCGGGACUCCUUCUCCUCGCUGCUCUCCAGCUCGUUAUGGCUGAGCUCGGGGAGCGGCGAGCGGCGCGUGCUACCAUGCCAUAGACUUCCUCCAUUGCGAUUGCCCUCCCCGCCGCCAGUUCCAACGCCGGCCAAAGCCCUCGCUCCCGCACCGCCCGACAGAGUUUUCUUGCCCCCGAUACAACUUUCCCUAGGAGCUCCCGACGCAGAUCGAGAAUGGUUUAGGGAUGUGACAAAACGGCCAAAGCUCAGCGGCGUGCGCAGGAUGUUGACCGGGUUGGUGCGAAGAAAUAUUGAAGGUAUGAACUUAGUUAUUAAUUACUUAAUCAAAUGUUAA